AUGCCGCCCACCAAUCCACGAGAGUGGGCAACGAAGGUGCGGGCGAAGACCCCGCAGUUGCUGGAAGUGGGCAAACCGGUGCCGAAGGCAGUCUUUAGCUUCGGCGGCGGCGGUUUCCUCGUCACAUACGCCCUGGGCGUAGCACUUUACCUGCAGCAAGAGAAGAAGGAGCUCCUGGCCAACAGCUUCCUGCUAGGCGCGGGGUCUGGGGUAUUGCCGGCAGUGGCGCUGGCGUGUGGGCCGCGUGCCGUCAACCUCGAGCACAUCCGCGACUUCAUCGUGAACAACCGAUUUGUUGUAACGGACGAGGAGAAGCGGAUCAAGACGAUCGCGGCCGGCAUCAAUCAACUUCUGCCGAGGAACGCCGUGGACUUGGUGAAGGGCCGCCUCGCCUUGACGAUCGGCUUCUCAAACAAGGACCCGGGGUACAUGACACAAGCAAAGGAGAACGUCUACUUUGGUCACCACAUUGCGGAGUGGACUGACUUCGAUGACCUCGCGCAGAACAUCAUCGCGGCGACCGCGCCAAACACGCAGAAGCCGUGCGUGUUCCGGGGGGCGGACAACGUACUGCGUGGCACGAUGAUGUCACUCAGCAGCGAGCUCGACCAGUAUUGCCGGCAUGUUUACAUACACAGCUACGCUGGGUACCGCUACAACAGGAACCAAGCACGGCACAACAUCAUGUUUGGCCGCCACGGGUACAUAGGCAACACACACUUUUCCUUUCCGAAGCAGGUACUCUUGGCCUUCGCUCCACUGAUAGGUGGCGACGUGCGCAAGGCGGAACUGCUCGAGGCGUAUGACGUGGGUUACAACGAUGCUCGACGCUACGAGCGGUGGGAAGAGGACCCGUACUACUUUGCCAAGGCAGAUCGGUCGCCGAGUGAUGACUUUAACUUCCGCAAUCUGCGCGCCAACCUAUUCGGCGGCAAGACCGCGUCAGAACGGUUUGAGCUGUGA